AAAUAUAUUAUUUAUAUUCUCCAGUUGUAAAAUUAAAAUUUUCUCAAUACAAAAUGGUGUGCAAGCAACAAUGGGGAACAGGAGUUCGGCACAUACAAAUCCUCCUCCUUUUCCUGUGCCUGACAACAGGAACCAUUCUCUCCUCAAGUCAUGUAAUCGCCGUACAACUUGCCAGAGAAACAGAAGCAGACUCGUCGACAUAUUUUGAAGAUACUUUUAAAGUAGAGAUGGAGAAAAAAACAUUAGAUGAUAUUAUUUCCUUGGAAUUCAUGUCCUUCUAUGUGUUUUUCAUAUCUAGAUUUCUUUCUGGGAUUAUAUGCUGUAAAGUGAACAAUAAGGUCUAUCUUAUGUUAAUCAUGUUAUUGUACUCAAUACAAUCUUACUCUCUACCUUCGUUUGCUGAAACAAGUGGUUGGUCAUCUAUGAUCUCUAUGAGGAUCCUCGUCGGAAUAUUAGAUGGAUUGCUUAUGCCAGUUAUAUUACAAAUUGCGACAAGAUGGCGUCCAUUCCCUGAGUAUUCAAGAUGCAUUGCUACCCUAUCUUUAGGACCAUUUUGUGGAAAGCUAAUAGUUACAGCUUUAAUAUCAUUUAUAGGAAGAAGCAUUGGUGGGUGGUCAAGUGUGUUCUAUAUUUCAGGUAACCUUGGGAUACUCUGGGUUGUAGCAUGGUUUACCUUUGGGGCUGAUGAGCCUCGAUCCUGUUUUUAUGUUUCCACUGAGGAAGAACUCUUAAUCUCUCGGCUAACCACUGAAGUCAGCACUCUAUAUUGGGAUACACCAAUCCCUUGGAAGGGACUCUUCAAAAGUAAGUCUAUGUACGUAGCAAUAGCCAUGGAAUUAAUGACUGCUUGGACAACUGUGUUUAUAACCGAAUCUUCUUAUAUGUCGAUCUACAUGAAAGAAGUGCAGGGGUACAGUGAAGAUAACGUCGGAAUUGCAUUUAACUAUAUGUCCAUGAUAGUACUUACUCCAAUACUUUGUGCCAUUUCUAUGCUUUGCGAUUGGAUUAUUGGAAAAGAAAUGUAUCCGGUAAUCCAUCAAAGAAAAACUUGUUCUUCAAUAGGCCUUUGGGGAUCUGCAAUAUGCAUUGUUUUCAUCGGCUAUGCUGAGAAUUCAAGAUUUAUAUUAUUUACCUAUUAUCUUUACUUGGCAAUGCAGUCGUUUGUGUUUGUCAGCUAUUCACUUUUGCCAUUUGACGUUGCGCCUAAUUUUUCUGGACUCAUCAAUGCUAUUUCAACUUCGGUUGGAAGUAUUCCAAUCAUGUUUCUUCCAAGUUUUGUCAAACUUAUUGUCAUACAAUAUAAUCAAGAUGUCCUAUGGAAUUACAUGUUUUAUUUGGCCAGUUUGUCAUAUUUCUCUGCAAACUUCAUCUAUACUAUUUUGUAUGAAGGGAAACUAGAAGAAUUCAACAAUAUCAAGCAUAAAGAUGUUCGAUCUCAUUCAUCCAAAUCUACAUAUCAUGAGGAGGGCAUAAAAUGGAUAAUUUCAGAAUGAAAAAGCUUGAAUUAAUAAUUUGUAAAUAAAUAUACACAUUUUCAAAGUUGUCCUUAUAUGUGCAAAAGGAUACAAAUGAGCAGUAUAUCCCUUAAUUUCACAGCAUGUUUCAGUCAAAAUAUAAUGAGAAGUGCAAAUUAUAUUUACAAUGGUUUUAAGGGGGAGGGAGCGUCGGAGGCCGCAAAGGUUUAGACAUUGUCAAGGCGCUGAUAACUGUAAGGUAAAGGUCCAGGUUCGAAUCCAGUGGCCCUGCAUUCAAACCCAACAUACUUCUAAGUUCUAAAUAGGCUUUGUACGAGGGUUCAAAUAACCUCAUUAAAAAAAUUCGUUGAAGGGAGCAAUGGAGUUAUUUAAAGGCUCUGUAAUAUUAUUGAAAUUAUGAGUGUUGUGAGAUGAAGCAUAGGAACUUUAUUUUUUAAUUAGUGAUGAAAUACAUAGUCCCUAUGUCAAAAAAUGGAUCUAUCAGGAGUGGCAGCCCCUUUCUUUGUUUUCAUCUACUCCUGCGAAUCCUGGGACCCAGUUAAGUGUAUAUUUUGUCUUGUGCACUUAAUCUGUUUAGUUUUGAAAUUCAGCACAAUCCAAUAGCUAAUAAUGUUCGCGUUUUCUGUUACGAUUACAAAUAUGCUGUUAUAUAACAUGGAGUGCUUGCUCUCUAUGAGGAGCCAAGAAAUCUUUGGAUAUGUGAAUAUUUGUCAUUAAUUUUUUUUUCCUAACGGUGCUUGAAAUUUGUUUUUAC